ACUGCUUUACGGCCGGAAGUGGCUUCCGCUUCCGCCACUCGCCUGUCCGAGAGCGGUUGGCCGCCGCCGCCGCCGCGGUUGUUCUGAGUAGCCCGGCGACGUGAGGAGCGAUGAGAGGGAGCCUAUUGUGACCGGCCCUUCUCCCCGCCGCCUGCCGCCCCCUCCUCCCUGGCAUCCAGGCCGGUCGGGAUGGAGGAGGAGAGCAUGGAGGAGGAGGAGGGGGCCGGCGCAGGAGGAGGAGGGGGAGGCGGCGGAGGCGGCGGCGGGAGCUUCAGCAGCAGCGGCAGCAGCAGUUACGAGGCCUUCAUGGACGACCAGAACCACAACAACUGGGGCGCGGCGGGAGGAGGAGGAGGAGGAGGAGGAGGCGGGUACGGGCAGCCCCCUCCGCCACCGCAGCCCCCCUCGCCCUGCCCCGGUGAGCUCCGUCGGCCCUGCCUUCACAGGGGCUCCUUGCCGGCACAGGAGGAGCUGCAGAUCCACAUGAUGGCCGAGGCGGCGGCGGGCAACGCGGGGCAAGGGAAAGGCUGCGAGGCCGCGCCGGGCAAAGGAGGGGGCGCCACUGUCGCCCCCGCCGCUGCAGGCCUCAACCUCAACAUCAACCCUUCCGCUUCCAAGUUCUUAAUGAAUGUUAUAACGAUAGAAGACUAUAAGAGCACAUAUUGGCCAAAGUUGGAUAGUGCCAUAGAUCAGCUUUUAACACAGAGUCCUGGUGACUACAUCCCCAUCUCCUAUGAACAAAUAUACAGUUGUGUGUAUAAAUGUGUGUGCCAGCAGCAUUCGGAACAGAUGUAUAGUGACCUAAUAAAAAAGAUAACUAACCACUUAGAGAGAGUCUCAGAGGAGUUGCAGGCCAGCCCUCGAGAUCUGUACGUUGAAAGGUUUAACAUAGCACUUGGACAGUAUAUGGGAGCAUUACAGAGCAUUGUGCCUCUUUUCAUAUAUAUGAAUAAGUUUUACAUAGAAACAAAACUCAACCGGGACUUAAGAAAUGACCUUAUAAAACUGUUUACGGAACAUGUUGCAGAAAAGCACAUUUACAGCCUGAUGCCUUUACUUUUAGAAGCCCAAUCCACACCUUUCUGGAUAAACCCUUCCACCAUGGCAAAUGUUGUCAAAGGAUUGUAUAUGCUAAGACCAGAAUGGGUUCAGAUGGCACCAGCUUUAUUUUCUAAAUUUAUCCCAAACAUCCUCCCUCCUGCUGUAGAAUCUGAGCUUGAAGAAUAUGCUGCUCAAGACCAGAAACUUCAACAAGAGCUUAUUCAGGAAGGAUUUUCCAGAGGUGACCAAUCACGUAAAAGAGCUGGAGAAGAAUUAACCUACAAUGGUUCAGCCUCAUGUGCAAACUCAAGAGGAUGCAGAUAGUGACUGUCCUAGAAGCAUUAUAUUCUUGAUAGGAAUGGACACCGGAAUGGCAUUGAAUGGAAAGGUAUCUCGAGGCUCAGUUGAGUCCUGCUGGUACUCAAGUUCUCCGGUGCAAAGCUAUAACCGAAGAGGAGCUUGGACGUAUUUCUUACUACGUAAUAAAAUGUCUGUUCGCUGCUAUUGUGGGGGCUAACUUGGAACAAUGUGGCUGAUCUUGAAGAGUUCUUCUUUGGCAAUCCUGUGAAGAAUAUACAUUUUUUUUUUCAUUUUCCUUUUUCUUUUAAAGAUCACUGUUUACUAGACCUUGAUAGAAAAAAAGAGCAGCUUCCUCUGAAAUGAACAUUUGCACUAUUUGAAAAAAAAAAAACACACACGUGGACAUUGCUGAGUGCCCAUUUAGUGGUCCAAACAUUUUGUUCAGUAAAUAUUGACCACCUAACAGUAUUUAUUUUCACAAAAGUUUGCCUCUAAAAGCCACUCUCAUGCAGCUGCUCCUUUAUAUGAGUGAGCUUAUACAUAGUUCACAUCAUUCAUCCAUUGAGCUCCCUGUACAUUCGAGGCCACAGAAAUGUCUCUUAACCUGCUAUAUAAUUAAACAUCACAGAAAAGUUACAGCAUUUUCCUGUGUACAUUUAGCUUUUGGAGAAUAAGCCUGGGAAAGAUGUACUUCUUCCUCAUUUGCUUUCCUGUGAGAAGAAAUAACACAAAUAUAAAGGUUGCUUGUAUGUUGCUACUGCCUUCAAUAAUACUUGCAAAGAAUUAAAGAUAAUUCCAUUCCAACGUUCUGAGUUGAAAUGGUAGUGCCUAACAAUUGAAGGAUCUUGCAGGCCAGGUUGUCCAUUUCUGUGUACUUUGUUUUCAUUUUGGCAGCACAUGGAAAUGCUUGUUCUGAUUUAAAAUAAUCAACUUGUUGAAUAUCUCACUGUUGGACUGUUACAAUAGACUUAAAAGAGUGUGGCCGAAACACUCUUUGUAUUUCUGGCUUAUUUCUGGGCAGCAAAGUACUUGAAGUCAAUUUAACACAUUGUUUGCUUCUAUCUUUUUGGAAGAAAGUGGUGGGGAUUUCAGUAUGAUUUACACAUAAAAGAUCUUUCAGUAUCAGCUCUGUUGGAUAAAGCUUGAAUUUAAGAUUUUAACAAACUGCAGUAAUUUGCACUGCAUUAUAGGUAUUAUUGAUGUAUCUAUAAUACGUAACUCACAAGGGAAAACUGGAUCGCUGCUUUCUCUUUCUGGGUUUGGAUUAGAGGCUAAUUACAAGGUGCUGUUUGCAUCCAAACCCCAUAUUCUGUGAAGAAUCACUAUGUAUGCAGGGCAGGAGUAGGCAACAAUGGCCUUCCAGAUGUUUUUGACCUGCAGCUCCCAUAGUUGUCUUUGGUAGCCAGAUUGAUGAGGUUUGUAGAUCCAAAACAUUUUGGAGGAUCACAUUUGUCAACGGUUGAUAUACAUGAUGUGAUUUUACAUAGAAAGGGGGAGAAUGGUUCCAUAGCAGCAAAGAUAAAUGUGGAUUAAUUUGUGACUGAGCCAACAAAGCUGAACGGGAUGCAGGUGCCAAGAGAAGAGAAGUGAGACUUUGAUGUGAGCACAAUGUCCAGCUAAUUCUCUAGAGAGGAAAUCUUUUGUGCUUUUGGUUUUCCAUCUAUAUAAUCUGAACAAGUAAACUAAUUUUCCCACUGCUAGGUACUGAUCACAGUUUGAUUGUGUUGGCUACCCUGCAUAAUUUAAAAA